AUGAAUAAUUAUAAUGAAACACCUAUUUUAAAAUCCAAAAUUGUCAAAGAUGAAUUUUAUCAAAAAAAUUACAAGGAAAUGUCUGCAAUGGUAGACACCUUAAAUGAUAGAUUAAGUUUGGCAGCAAAUCAAGGUGGUAAAAAGGCAAUUUCCCAACAUCUUAAAAGAGGUCAAUUAUUAGUUCGUGAUAGAAUUGAUUUAUUGUUAGAUGAAGAUUCUCCCUUCUUGGAAUUGUGCCCUUUAGCCGGUUGGGGUCAGGAGGAUAUGACACUGGGAGGAUCAGUGGUGGCAGGCAUUGGACUUGUAUGUGGAGUAGAAUGUUUGAUAAGCGGAAACGUGCCAACCUUAUUUGGUGGCUCAUCGAAUGAAAUCAGCGUAUUGAAAAGUUCACGAAUUUCCACAAUUUCUUUGGAAAACGGUUUACCAUAUAUUCAAUUAAUACAAACAGGUGGUGCAAAAUUGGAUCAACAGUUUCGUGUUUUUCACCCAGGUGGUGCACAAUUUAGAUAUUUGGCUGAGCGUACAAAAAUUGGAUUACCAACUUGUAGUAUAGUGUUUGGUAGCUCGACAGCAGGUGGUGCCUAUACACCAAGUCUGACUGAUUAUGUGAUUAUGGUAAAAAACCAGGCACAAGUAUUUCUUGGUGGCCCACCCCUUGUUAAAAUGGCAACAGGUGAGGUGGUUGAUGCUGAAAGUUUAGGUGGUGCCGAUAUGCAUAGUAGAAAAUCCGGUGUGUCGGAUCAACUUGCAUUAGAUGAAUAUGAUGCUAUUAAAAAAGCUCGUGAAUUUGUUGGUAAACUAAAUUGGACAAAACGUGGUUUAAUACCAUCAAGACAUUUUUCAUCAAAAAUAGAACCACCUUUAUAUGAUUUAGAUGAACUUUUGGGUAUUGUAUCAUCAAAUAUUAAGAUUCCUUUCGAUGCAAAUGAAGUAAUUACACGUAUUGUCGAUGGAUCAAGAUUUACAAGUUUUAAAUCACUUUAUGGGCAAAAUCUUAUUACAGGGUGGGGUUAUAUUCAUGGAUUCCAGGUUGGUAUCGUUGCAACAAAUAAUGUAAUAUUUAUACAAGAAGCUAAUAAAGCUACACAAUUUAUAAGACUUUGCAAUUCAAUUGAAGUACCUGCUAUUACUAUAAUGAUGGGUGCAUCUUAUGGAGCUGGUAAUUAUGCCAUGUGUGGUAGAGCUUUUAAACCUAGUAAAUGUUCUGUUAUGGGAGCUGAACAAUUAAUAGGAGUAAUGGAUUUGAUUAUGAGAGAAGCUGCUUCUAGGGUGGGAAAAUCAAUUAACGAAGAGGAAGCAUCAGUACGUAACAAAUUGCUUCAAAACAUGGUAGAACAAGAAUCAGAUGUAUAUUAUACCACAUCAAGACUUUUAGAUGAUGGGGUUAUUGAUCCAAGGAUGACCAGAGUUGUUAUUGGGUUUUGUUUAAGCGUAAUAUAUAAUGUAAAAGUUCAAGGUGGUCAUUUAGGUGGUGUUAGUAGAAUGUAA